AUGGAGACGGCGGCGAUUCGCCAGAUGGAGGAGAGGGUGUUGAAGGAAUCCCAGGAGGCGAGGGUGUGGAAGGAGGAGGAGAAUCUGGAGGCGACGGCACCGAGGGAGUCGCAGGGGGUGGCGAAGAGACCGGCCUCAAUGGCGGUGAUCUCGAAGACGAGGCCGGAGGAGGGGGAGAAGUUGCAGGAGGCGUCAACACCGGCGUCUCUGGUGGAGGUGUCGAAACCGGCGGCGCCGGAGGGGACACAGACGGGGGCGGCGACGAUGAGGGCCGAGACGGCGGCGGGGUCGAGACUACCGCUGGAGGCGGAGAUGACACCGGCGGAGGGGGCGAGACAGUAG